GGGAGGCGGCGGCGCGGCGGCGGCGGGGCGAUGUGAGGCGGCGCCAUGUCGGGGUGCGUGUGGGGCGCGGCGCCGCUGCUGGAGGCGCUGGGCCGGCUGUGGGAGGUGCAGGCGCCGCUGGGCAGCGGCUCCUCGGCCUCGGUGUACCGGGUGCGCUGCUGCGGGGACCCGCGCGCCCCGCCCGGCGCCGUCAAGGAGUUCGUGCCGCCCCCGGCGCGGCCCGGCCCCGCGCGCCGCCCCGGCGCCCGCCCGCCCGCCGCCGACUGCGCCGAGUACGGCUUCCGCAAGGAGCGCGCCGCGCUCGAGCAGCUCCGCGGCCACCGCAACAUCGUGACGCUGUACGGUGUGUUCACCAACCACUACUCUGCGAAUGGCCCAUCUCGCUGUCUCCUCCUGGAGCUGCUGGACAUCAGCGUGUCAGAACUGCUGCUGCACUCCAGCAACCAGGGCUGCUCCAUGUGGAUGAUCCAGCACUGUGCCCGAGACGUCCUCGAAGCCCUGGCUUUCCUGCACCAUAAAGGCUAUGUGCAUGCAGAUCUCAAGCCACGCAACAUCCUGUGGAGCGCGGAGGAGGAGUGCUUUAAGCUCAUUGACUUUGGACUUAGCUUCAAGGAGGGGAAUCAGGAUGUGAAAUAUAUUCAAACAGACGGGUAUCGGGCUCCAGAGGCAGAACUGCAGAACUGCCUGGCACAGGCAGGGCUCCAGAGUGAAACGGAGUGUACCUCUGCUGUGGAUUUAUGGAGUCUGGGAAUUGUUUUACUGGAAAUGUUCUCAGGAAUGAAACUGAAACAUACAGUCCAAUCUCAGGAAUGGAAGACAAACAGUUCUGCCAUCAUUGAUCGCAUUUUUGCCAGUGAAGGGGUGGUUAAUUCAGCCAUUCCAGCUUAUCACCUCAGAGACCUUAUCAAAAGCAUGCUUCAUUGUGACCAAGGAAAGCGAGCCUCUGCUGAGAAGGCUUUAUGCAGCCCAUUCUUCAGUAUUCCCUUUGCUCCCCAUAUUGAAGAUCUGGUGAUGCUCCCAACGCCUGUGCUGAGGCUGUUAAAUAUUCUAAGUGAUGCUUCUCUACAGAGCGAAGAAGAAUACGAAGAUAUCCUGGAAGACAUAAGAGAGGAGUGUCAGAAAUAUGGUCCGGUGGUUUCCUUGCUUAUUCCAAAAGAGAAUCCUGGUAAAGGCCAAGUCUUUGUUGAAUAUGCAAAUGCUGGUGAUUCCAAAGCUGCCCAAAAAAUGCUGACUGGCAAGAUUUUUGAUGGCAAGUUUGUUGUGGCUACAUUUUACCCACUGAGUGCCUAUAAGAGAGGAUAUCUGUACCAAAACUUGCUGUAGGCAGUAGCAACAAUCAGGAGAGUUGUCUUGCUCCUCUUCCUCACGUCAUGUUUUACAGUUGAAUGUACAAAGAGCUUCCUAGCCCUGCUUUUAAGUCAUCUGUAAAGGAGAGAUGCAAAAGACUGAAACGGGCUUUGAAAUCUUUACUGCUGCUUUGUGAUGUGCAGAGGAGGCCUGGAUGGCUUUAAGCGUGUGCUUGUGUGUGUGUUGUGCUUGCUUGUUUACAUUAGAUGUGUGGCUUUGCCUGCCCUUAGCAGGUGCUCAGGUGACCAGAGUAGUGACUGUGGAAGUCUUGGGAGGCAGAGCAGAUCUUGAAAAGCAUCUUUUAAGUGAUUGAAUUGAGACCAUUUCACAAUUUGGCCCUAGCAAUUGUCUUUUUGUUUGGGGAAGGAAUUUCUUUGUUAAACUUUCAACCUACCCUGUAAUAUCUGUGCUCCCCUCCAAUGGGGAGGAGAAGGAAGGCUUCCCUGGCUUUUUGGGUGUCUGUGGUAAAAAAGCAGAAGCACCAUCCUCUCUAAGGUAGAUUGGGAAGACAGACUUUGAGUCUUCACGUCACAGAGCAGAGGGAGGCAGUGAAAUGAGAUCUGCCCGGCCUACAGAGUUACCCUGUCACUGACUCGACCUGAGAAGAGCCAUACAUCUUACCUGGCACAGGUGCCCUGCUGGGCUUGUGGAGUGAGGUGUGGGUGAAGCUGCCUGCAGUGAGCUGAGCUUGCUUUUGUGGGGGUAGGCAGGAGCUGAGCAGUUGUGGAUAUGUGUCUUCAGAGCAGUGCCAGUCUCAGUCCCAAAAGAAGCUGUAGCACUUUGUAGCCUGAAGUGAUGUGAAACCUCUGUCAUAUGGAAUCAUCUUCCUUAUCUUGUAGCCUGUGCUGGCACUGAUGCUCUGAACUCUGAUGCCAAAUCAUCUGUAAUAUUUAAGUGUCUUUAGGUGAUAUUUUUGAAAAGAGUGCUAGAGCACGCGGUAUUCUUCGUGUCUCCAGCAGGACUCCUGUCCUGCAAGUCUUCUAAGAGAGAGAAAAUACUUGUCCGUUGUAGGUUCCGUGCUUGGCUUUUGUGAUGUGUGUUUUGGUUUUGCAUUAACCUGUUAAAAUUGUUGUAGAUGAGAAGCACUGACACUUUUGGUCCUUCAUAGGUUACACAAAGGGCCGGAGGCAAUCUGAGAUCCUGUAUGGAAAGGGCUUGGUCGCUAAUCUGACUUGACCGGCCAGAGUAAUGUCAUGGACAACAGCCCCAUGCUUUGGGGGGAAAGAAGCUGGGUGAGCUCUGUCACUGCUCUCCCUGCUCAUGGGGUUUUCCUGCAGGGGCAGAGGGUCGCUAACACAGCAGCCAGCAUGGCUCAGCGGCUGUGCUUCCCAGGGGCUGAGCAACCCGCUCCUGGAGGGCACAAUGCGGAACAGCCUUAUGCAGAGGGGGAAGAGCGUAUCUCGGCUUGAAGGCAUGGCACCAGUUCUGGUGAUGAGGAGAGCUCUCCAGUCAGAAGCCCUCACGAAUUCCUUUUUUCCAGCUGAAAUACCUGGGGGUAGCUGCCCGAACUGUCUCUGAGCCUCCCUGGAGCUGAUUUACCUUGCAGUUAACAUUCUGCACCCUGCUGCUGCUGCUGGACUUGCUGGAAUCCUGCACUUAACGUUCCUCUUGAUUCUUGCUCUGUGCACAUGUGUGCAGUGCGUCAGAACAGAUGUCUGCAGCAUUUCGCGAGUCUGAGUUCCUCUCUGUCUUGGGCUGGAGUCCUGUUUACUUUUCCCAAACUUCCCCAGGAAGGACCAAUUUUUUUUUUUUCUGUUGCUGUGAGGUGGUAAAUUUUCCAGGAAAAAAUUCCCACAAUGAGUUUUUAAGGUAUGAUUUGCUGAUUGGACUCUUUCCAGAAUGAUGGUACUUUGGUGUACAUUGCUCUACAGCAGCCUUACGUAGAUGGGGUGUGUGAUUCAUUUGCUUUUAAUUUGGCUAUUCUUGCUGUGAAGCACUACUAGUGCCUGGAAGGAACUGGAUGAUUAGUCAGAUGAGGUUUUUCUUUUUUGUGUGGAAAAGCAGUGUUUAAAUUGUUUUAAGUAUUCUAAAUAUUGGUAAAUAUUGACAGCUUCCUCAUCACCGAGUUGCUGCUGUCUCUGGCAGGCUGAGCCACAGAUAAAAGCACUUAGGCUCAGAAAUCUGCGUGUUAAAUGCUGUCAUGUUAGCAACAUUAAACAGGCUGCAUGCAUGCAUGUCAGCUGGCAGAAGAAGACCCAAGAGCUCCUGCCAAGCUGAGCGUCAGCCUGUGCGGGAAUGCAGCGAGCUCCCCUGGGUGCAGGGCGUGAGCUCGGAGAGGUCUGUCACUGUAGAGUGGUAUGUGAGCAGAGAGAUGGCAUCGUGCCGGGAUGCAAAUGCGAAACAUCACCUCCUUGGAUGCGUUUCUCUUGGACUGCGAGCUGGUCUCUCUCUCCUUUCAAAUAUAUCUCCUUUUAAGUCAAAAUUGUGCUUUGGAUUUGCAGCUAAAGAUAAGAGCCAUACCAGGAUUAACCUUUAGGCACUAGCUAGAGCCUGCUGCUGCAGCGUGGUGGAGCUGUUCCACCAAAGAGUUUUGUUUAGCAAAUUUAAUAUGAAUUAAAUCAGCCUGCGAGGUGCAAGCUGUUGUCACCAGCUUUUUUGGAUGCUCAGUGAGCAGGCCUGAGCUCCGAGUCAAACAAAGACCCAAAGCUGCUGUUGACUUUUUUGUUGUUUUGUUGUUGUUUUUAUUUUAUUUCUUCUCCUCUUUCUCCUGGCAAAAGUUAAAGAUGUUGAUCUGUGUCCUGUCACUGGCUUCAGUCCCUUGCUGUGAGGGUACCGGAAGCCCCAGAAACUCCUAAGAAUUGGAAGCGUUUUAUCAUCUUCCCACACCAUCUGCCUUCAAAGCCUUUUCUAUCAAGCUGGAGCUCACUGUAGUGUAACAGUGAGAUAUUGGUGGCUGUGGUGUAGCUCCAGACCUGCUAAAACCUCUGCUGUUACCUCUAGAUUGUAUCUAACGCAUGCAUGGUGAUUAGGCUGGAUGCACAUGUCCUCAAUUGUGCCUGGAUAGGCCUGGCUUGCUUUGUUUCCAAAAUACUAUGUGCUACCGGUACAGAAGUCUUGGGGUUUUCCACUUUGCUUGCUGGGUUUCUUGGUCUGUGCUGGCAUGGCUUCCCUCCAAAAGCCACCCUUCUCCAGAACUACUUAAAGCAGCAUUAAAAUGCUGCUCGGCUCGGGCCCUGAGGGUGGCUGUACUCCUGGGGCUGCUGACCCAUGUCCUUGGCGAGCACAGUCAGUGUGGCAGUGGCAGAUGUCUUUCCCGGCGCAGUAGCACUCAAUCCUGCCGGCAAGUUCACCCGCAGGCUGCAUCUGGCUGGUUAUUUGCAUCUGAAUCCGCCAGUAUGUUCCUGAUGUGGCCUUGGGGAUUUGACCUUCCUGCAGUGCAGUAUCUUGAGAGGACACAGGAGUUGGGUGCGAAUGCCACCCUGGCCUAGCAGCUGUGGUGGUGUGGGGGGUGCGUUCAGACCCGGCUGCACCCAGGGGCCGGUGUUCAUCAUCAGCAUAGUGCCCAUCAGAGCUCGUGUGAAGAUCAGCAGGCUGCCUUUAAGGGAGACAGCUGGUUUAGGGAGGAAAGGGAUGAAAGAUCAAACUGCUGUGGUGUGGGGGGUGCGUUCAGACCUGGCUGCACCCAGGGGCCGGUGUUCAUCAUCAGCAUAGUGCCCAUCAGAGCUCGUGUGAAGAUCAGCAGGCUGCCUUUAAGGGAGACAGCUGGUUUAGGGAGGAAAGGGAUGAAAGAUCAAACUGCUGCAUAUGGCAAGAUUUUUGUACAGUGUCUCUACAUGGGGUUUUCCUCAGCUCUGAAAGCUGAGAGCAGACCCUUACCCAGCCAAAGGUGGGAAGAAACCCACGUGCCCCUCCCUGAGCAUCUCUGUGUUCACAGGGCACAGAAACCACACUAGAGGUGGCAGUGCUGGUGGCUUAGUUCUUGUGUAUCUUCUAAUGUUGUCAUUAUAAGCUUAGCACCCGUUAAAUACAGGUAUUAAUGUAACACUGGCCUCCCACCUACACGAGGGGAGCAAGUACGUGAGAAGCGCAGUGGGCACCUCAGCCCUCCUCAAAGGGGCACCAGUGGCUCAGAGACCUGAAGCCACUGUGUGGCAGCAAGGCAGUGUCACCUCUCUGCCCAAGGCCCAGCCUCCCCGGCACUGCCAGAGGGCAGAGGAACCAAGGGGUAACUGCCCUAGCACGGCCAGGGCGAGCGGGGCUGCGGCCUCUGCGCAGCGGGACGCUGGUGGUCCCCGGGCUGCCUUCCCGGUACGAGCGUGCGCGGGGCAGGCUCUGCCUGUGGAGCUGCUGCUGCUGGUGACGAACGUGAUGCAGAGAUCUCCGAGGGGCUGCUGCGGCCCACGCCGGGCUUCCGGGGCUGCCCCCUAAAUGUUUGCUUGUCACACAAAUCGUGAUGCUGAGGCUUGCUCUUAGUGCUGCUUGCGGAUGUGUUGAGGAGCGCGGUGGUGCCGGGUGGCCGCUUGGCCCCUGCGGUAUGGCCUUUUGAGGGCAGGCUUUUUUGGCACUGAAGAUGCAGCAUUAGGAGACUCCCACAGUUGGCACCUUGGAGCGUGUGUGUGAAUGGGGAAAACGCUGGAGCUUAACUAUUUUACCUAUUUAUUGUUUGGGUCUGAAAGAUGUUUCAUUAAAAAUAAUAUUGUGGUCAGUUGAAGAAUGGCUGCCCCGGAGGCAAGUCAAUUUGCACUUGCUCCGGUGGCGCGGUUCCUGUGGCUGUGCCGAUAGCUUUGACCCCGUGCCUGUUAGUACUACGUGGUGGUGCUUGGAGGCUGCUGGGACGAAGGGCCCCUCUCGGGGUGCAUGGCCCAAGCCACCUUGGGGGAGCUUUCUGGCGUUUUGCUGUUAAUGACGCUGAGCGUAACAACGUGCUGCCAAAAGCUUUCGUUGGCUGCCUUCUGGCUGGGCUUACAUGUCUUUUCUCGGCAGCAGGCUCCUGCCCUGGCUCGCUCUGUGCUACGCCCUGCUGACGGAUGCACCAUGGCUCAGUCUGAACGCUUCUCCUGUGCCAGGCGCCGCCUUUUUAGACUAAUGCCACUGAUGCUGUGUGUGUGGGAGCAAUGAGAAAGAGGAGUUCUUUGCACUUCCUCCUAUUUAUUACAUGCAAGGAGAGUAACUGUUUUUUAAAUCACUGGCUGAAGCACAAGUCAGUUCUAAUCUUAAUUUUAUUCUCACUGGACUCCAGCCUCCUAACAAAGCGUAAGCACUGCGUUUUACUUCAGCUGUCCUUGCAGAGUGUUCAGUAUACUUCCCUUUGCCGUGCCCGGUCCUGUAAACAUGUGCCUCUGUUCAGAUUAGCUGUAAACUGUUGUAUCUUGUCAUGCACCAUUGCUGAGCAGAUGUGUGCCUGAUACAGAUGAUUAAUAAAGGAUGCUUCAAUAUAAA